GUAAUAAUAAAAAAUCUGCCAUAGUCUUUUUCAUUUUUUCUCCCUCUCUAAAAAACCGUCAUUGAUUCCAUUUUUCAUUCGUGAAUUCAACAAAAGAGUAAUAUACUAAAUUGUAUAUAUUUUUAAGCUAUCUAUAUUAUCGCAGCUUGUGAAUUGCAAUGAUGAGUGGCAACAUGUCAGGACCUCUAGACCGACCAUUCAGGCCAAGUCUAGAAAAGAUUGACUUUGAAAACCCGGAGCAUGAAAGAAAGACAAGGCUUGGGUCUCUCAAGAAGAAGGCAGUUAAUGCCUCUUCCAAAUUUAGACAUUCUUUUACAAAAAAAGGCCGAAGAAAUAGCAGAGUCAUGUCUGUUGUUUUUGAGGAUGAACAUGACGCAGAGGAAAUAAAGGCAGUUGAUGCAUUCCGUCAAGCACUUAUCUUGGAGGAAUUGCUUCCUGCAAAGCACGACGAUUAUCAUAAAAUGCUAAGAUUUUUGAAGGCCAGAAAAUUUGAUAUUGAAAAAUCAAAGCAAAUGUGGGCUGAUAUGCUCAAGUGGAGGAGCGAAUUCGGUGCAGACACUAUCAUAGAGGAUUUCGAGUUCAAGGAAAAGGAAGAAGUCCUUAAGUAUUAUCCACAAGGGCAUCAUGGAGUUGACAAGGAAGGAAGACCAGUUUAUAUUGAAAGAAUUGGUCAAGUAGAUUCCGUCAAGCUCUUGCAAGUUACAACGAUGGAUCGCUAUCUCAAGUACCAUGUCCAGGAGUUCGAGAGGACCCUCAAUGACAAGAUGCCUGCAUGUUCUAUUGCAGCCAAAAAACACAUCGACACAAGCACAACUAUUCUUGAUGUACAAGGAGUGGGACUGAAGAGCUUUAACAAAUCAGCAAGGGAACUCAUUCAAUGCCUUCAAACUAUUGAUGGUAACAAUUAUCCUGAGAGCUUGUGCCGUAUGUACAUCAUCAAUGCUGGUUCUGGAUUCAGGCUCUUGUGGAACUCUGUCAAGUCAUUCCUCGACCCUAAGACAACUGCAAAGAUUCAUGUUCUUGGUAAUAAAUAUCAGAGCAAGUUGCUUGAAGUAAUUGAUGCCAGUGAGUUGCCAGAGUUCUUAGGUGGUACAUGCACUUGUGCUGACAAAGGAGGAUGUAUGCUUUCUGAUAAAGGCCCAUGGAAUGAUCAAGAUAUAAUGAAAAUGGUUCGCAAUGGCGAACAUAAAUGUUCAAACAGAAUUUUCAUCCCAAUAGUUGAUGAGAAAACAAUCUCAGAGGAUGCAAAUGCUAAUCCUAAUGUUCAAAGGAAUUAUGUAGCUCAUACUCAGCUCUCCCCUGUCCAUGAGGAAGUUGGCAUGAACAAAAAUUAUCCUAGUGCAUAUGACCCCGAAGACUUUAUGCCUAUUGUGGACAAAGCAGUUGAUGUAACUUGGACUAAAGCUAAGGGUGGAGAUUUCUUUCCCAUACAUGAUGCUUCUAAGUCGCCCCAAGGAUUUAGCAACCAAUUAUUCACUGGAGUUAUGACCUUAGUAAUGGGCAUUGUGACAUUGGUCAAGAUGACCGGAAACAUGCCAAGGAAGCUUGCUGAUGCUACCCUGCAGGCUCAUGGCUACCAGUUAAACGAACCAACUAUCUCCGCCAACGACUACUUCAGCAUGAUGAAGCGCAUGGAAGAACUCGAGGAGAAGGUCAUUACUCUAAGCAACAAGCCUAAUGCCUUACCUCCUGAGAAAGAGGAAUUGCUCAACAAUGCCAUGAAACGCAUCGAUACUUUGGAGCAAGAUCUUUGUGCCACUCACAAGGCACUUGAGCAAGCUCUGGUCCGUCAAGCGGAACUUCUAGCAUACGUAGAGAAGAAGAGGAAGAAGAAGAAGUUCUUGGGACUAUUUUGAGUUUUUUUUUAAGGAACAUGGAGAUGUAUUCUUCUUGAGAUGGGGCUUUAAUUAAAAGGAUAGUCAAUAUGAAACAUCCACUGAUUAAAAUAGGUUUGGCUCAUGGAAUCAUCUGGAGAUGAAGAUACUGAUCAUGAAAUUAAGAGAUUGAGGAGUUUAGAAUGUCUGCUCCUGUGAUUAUCUUAAGAAUUAGAAGCAACGGGACAAAAAAAAAUGUGAACAAGGAAGAAUGGUGUCACUAUAUUUUGUUUUGGAGCAUUGCAGUGAAAAAUAUCAUCAAAUUUGCAGAAGGUUUGAAUGGAAUGGACUAAUAGGGGUCUAGACUCUAGAGAAGUUUAGCCCUUGGGCUAUAUAAAUUAACGGAUUGAAGUUGUAUACGUGUAAAUAUUUUUUAUACUAUCAAUGUAGUUAAACCGGUUAUAGAUUACUUAUCUUUUUUUCA